UAUACGUCAUAUCCGGUCUUCUUCAACUGCUGUCAAAGCAGAGCUAGUUUAGCAUAGUAGCAGCUCCACUUGACUCUACAUUUUAACAACAUAUCAGCCGAUAGUUUGACUUUAAUACGACUUUAUAGAGUAUCUAAAGGUUUGUGAAUGUGGUGUUAAUUAGCAGUAUCUCCGCUGUAGAUUGUAGACUCUGAUAAUCUCACUUUAAAACAGCUAGUCGAGGCUAAAGCACGUUGUUUUUGUCAGACUAGCAUAAAAACUGGGUCAAAGAAAAGGCUGUCUGGUUUAUUUAGCACAGUAUUAUUAAGACAGAAACCCUCGCACUCAGGAUGCCAUGCCACAAUCAGCAGCUGAAUAAUGUCAAUAGUGGCCAGGAGCACCCAAUGAAGCAAGUACGGUUUGCUAAUAACAACAGCAGCAGCAGCAGCAGCAGCAGCAGCGGUGUGCCUGCAGUGUUGUCCAGCUCUGAUGCCUCCUUAGAGACUGACAGCCAGCAACACCUGGGACCUCAGCUCAAACUGCUCCCUCUGAACGACCAGAUCCGUGAAUUACAGACCAUAAUCAGAGACAAGUCAACCAGCAGAGGAGACUUUGUGUUUUGUGCUGAUCGAUUGAUCAGACUAGUAGUUGAGGAGGGAUUAAAUCAGCUCCCCUACUCAGAGUGCACUGUGACCACGCCAACAGGGUACAAGUAUGAAGGUGUCAAGUUUGAAAGAGGCAACUGUGGAGUCAGCAUAAUGAGGAGUGGCGAGGCCAUGGAGCAGGGUCUCCGGGACUGCUGCCGCUCCAUCCGCAUCGGCAAGAUCCUCAUCCAGAGCGAUGAGGAGACACAGAAAGCCAAGGUCUACUACGCCAAGUUCCCUCCAGAUAUUUACAGAAGAAAAGUGCUGCUCAUGUACCCCAUCCUCAGUACUGGGAACACCGUCAUCGAGGCGGUGAAGGUGCUGAUAGAGCACGGAGUCCAGCCCAGACAUAUCAUGCUCCUCAGCCUUUUCUCCACGCCUCACGGAGCCAAAUCUAUAAUCCAGGAGUUCCCAGAAAUCACCAUCUUAACCACGGAGGUGCACCAGGUGGCUCCGACACAUUUCGGACAGAGGUACUUUGGCACCGACUAAACGGAGGACCACCUGAGGAACAUGACCUGCAAAUUGUUUUGAGUAUAUUUUGUCUUGUUCAUUUAAAUGUAUCAUGUUCUCCGUGUUGUGCCAAAUACCAUUUCUUUAUUUUAAAAGUUCCUAAACUGACACAAAAUGAUUAAUCUGAUCGAUUGUAUUAAUUAUUGUGUUGUUUUUUUUUGCUGUGUAUACUCGCGAUAAAGAAAGAAGACAAUCCCAAACCAUAUAAACAGUUCAACUUGGAUCAUUUUAUUUUGCAUGUUACAACAACUGAUGGAAAAUAAAGAAUUUAUAUUUGUUAAAAGACAA